AUGGAAUAUUCAAAAGAGAAAAAAGUUGGUGAAGGUACAUAUGCUGUUGUUUAUUUAGGUACUCAACGUUCUACAUCGAGGAAGAUUGCUGUGAAAGAGAUUAAAACCUCGGAAUUUAAAGAUGGGUUAGACAUGUCAGCUAUUCGUGAAGUUAAAUAUCUGCAAGAAUUGAUCCAUCCAAAUGUAAUUUCCUUAAUUGACAUCUUUAUGGCCUAUGAUAACUUAAAUCUGGUGUUAGAAUACCUACCGACAGAUUUAGAAGUAGUCAUAAAAGAUCAGUCUAUAUUAUUUACCCCUGCUGAUAUUAAAUUAUGGAUGUUGAUGACUCUAAGAGGUGUUCAUCAUAUACAUCGUAAUUUCAUCUUGCAUAGAGAUUUGAAACCUAACAAUUUACUAAUAUCGCCAGAAGGUAUUAUCAAAAUAGCGGAUUUUGGGUUAGCCAGAGCAGUUCCGGGUCCAAGAGAAAUAUUGACAAGUAAUGUAGUUACUAGAUGGUAUAGGGCCCCUGAAUUAUUAUUUGGGGCCAAGCAUUACACCUAUGCUGUAGACAUUUGGUCUGUGGGUGUAAUCUUUGCAGAGUUAAUGUUAAGAAUACCUUAUCUACCAGGUAAAGAUGAUAUUGAUCAAAUGGAAGUGACAUUUAGAGCAUUAGGAACCCCUACAGAUAGAGAUUGGCCAGGUGUUUCCAUAUUCCCCACAUAUAAUAAAUUGCAGAUAUAUCCACCACCAUCAAGAGAUGAAUUAAGGAAACGGUUUAUCGCAGCUACAGAAAAUGCAUUGGAUUUCAUGUGCGGGAUGCUUGAAAUGAACCCAAUUAAAAGAUGGAAUGCAAUUCAAUGUCUUGAAUCAGAUUAUUUCAAAGAUCUACCUCCACCUUCUGAUCCAGCAGAUAUUAAGAUAUUCCAUAAUUGA